AUGUCCAUGCAAAAAUCGAAUAAUAAUCCUGUCUUGGUGUACAACUCGCUGCUGGCGCGUCGUCCGUUACUAACCAAAAUUGCAACCGGGGCAAUUCUCAGCGCACUCAGUGAGCUGAUUAGUCAAUUGACCACCACCAGUGCUCAGAAAACCGACGAGAAUCUCAAAGGAGGCUUUCAUAAAAUCAGAAGCCUCUUACAAAGGCCGAAAUAUCAGAAACUACUGCUGAUGCUUUUGUACGGCGGCGUCGUCAACGCUCCCAUCAACCAUUUUUUCUACCAAUGGCUCACAUUGUUCACCAACAAGCGUAUAGCACCUAAAUGGAGACGCCUCGCACAACUAUGCGGGUCUUGGUGCGUCAUUAGCCCCAUCCAGGUUUUCGGACUCAUCACCGCACUUACGUUGGUAAAUUUGGGACCCGGAGAAAAAGAUGGACCUGCAAGUAAGAAGCUGAAGGCAGUCCAGGAUAGUUUGCAGACUCGUUAUGGAACCAUGCUCACCAGCAGCAUUUUGAGCUCUACCGUUUUUGUUUCUGUAGCACAGCAGUUUAUUGCUCCCGAAAAGUGGUCGGUUUUCUUUAGUUUUGCAUACGCUGCGCUGAACACAGGCCAAAACAUAUACAUGAAGCUGUCGUCAAGCCAAAAAUGA